UUAUCUGCUCUGCCUCCUACAGGUGGCUCACCACUUCAAUCGAAUGUAUCGCCAACAUUGUCUCUGAUCUCAGCUCGGACAACGGCGAUUCAACGGCAGCUGUAGGAGGAUUACUCCUGUUGUUGUUCAUACGAUCGCUCUCCGGGUUGGGAACACACCCAUUGAGGAAAGCGCAGGGCGUCAUGAAGGCGAUUAUCCCCCUCCUAUCAUGCUACCUGUCGACCUUGUCGUGUGCUCUCGGUCAGAGUGAAAUCUAUAAUAAUCCUCGUGGGAAAGCGGAACAUGAUCCGGAUUUCUGGCGGUCAAACAGCAUCGAGGAGCUGACACAACGUCUCCAGUUGAAAAUGAAUACAAACCAAGCGAAAAAUAUAAUUUUUUUCCUCGGUGAUGGUAUGGGCGUUUCCACGGUUACCGCUGGUAGGAUUUACAAAGGCCAAAAGAAACGGAACAGCGGUGAGGAGAGUGUCUUGGCCAUAGACACUUUCCCCUUUACAUCGUUAGCCAAGACUUACAGUGCCAACACGCAAACAACAGACUCUGCAGCCUCGUCUACGGCCUAUUUAUGCGGAGUGAAGACGAAUAAUCACGGGAUAGGCGUCACCGCCAACGUGAAGAGCAGCGAUUGCGAUGGAGCUUCCGACAGGAACAACCAGGUUGACAGUAUAUUGGCAUGGGCUCAGAAAGAGGGCAAAUGGACAGGGAUCGUCACCAAUGAUGAAAUAGUAGGAGCUUCGCCGGCGGGCGGCUACGCUCAUGUGAGCAAGCGAAGUUUCUACAAUUCGGUCUCGAAGGGUUGCAAAACCAAAGAUAUAGCUCGACAACUGGUCGAAGACAAACCAGGCUCGAAACUCCGGGUAAUAAUGGGCGGGGGCAGAAAACAUUUCCUCCCGAACGAAAUCGCGCCACAGGAUGAGUGGAGAACAAAAUCCAGCAGUAAGGCCGUUCGCGGUCCUGGUGAUCGGACUGACGGUAGAAAUCUCGUCGAAGACUGGUUAGAUAAACACAGCAAAAAUAAUCGGACAGCGUCCUACAUUUGGAACAAGUCGCAGCUGUAUCGUCUCCACGAAGGCGAUUAUCCAGGAGAUUAUUUUUUCGGACUUUUCGCGGAGGGAAAAUUGAAAUUUUCCAUGGAAAAUAUCUUCGACAGACAGGACAAGCAUAAGAAUUCCGUCGAAGAUGAACAGCCAACACUCGAGGAAAUGACCAUCGCCGCCAUCAACAUUUUACAGAAAUCACCUUCAGGAUACAUUCUCUUCGUUGAGUGUCACAAUAUCGACACAGCGCAUCAUGGAAAUCUGGCCGGAUAUGCCCUUGAGGAACUGUAUCAACUCGACAAGGCUAUUCUUGCGGCUCAUAAAAUGACUUCGCUGGAUGACACUCUGACCAUUGUCACGGCUGACCACUCGCAUGCAUUCACUCUGAACGGGUACUCAGCGCGUGGCACUGACAUUUUAGGUGCUUCAAACUCGCUACCGUAUAGUAUCCUCUCUUACGCCGCCGGACCGGGAGCCUCUGCUGAGGAAGAAACCGACUCGAGACACCGCUCUUUGUACACACACAAGGCUAUGGUGUACCUCAGAAGUGGCGUACACGGCGGAGAAGAUGUCGCCGUUUACGCUAAGGGACCCUGGGCUCAUCUUUUCACUGGAUCUCAUGAGAACACCUAUAUUCCGAUUGCUCUGGCUUAUGCCGCCUGUAUAAAUCAUAAGGGACCCCACUGCAACACCAAGAAACCCUCGAGCCGAUUGGUUGUUCUAGAAACUAGCGUAGACAACAGAAAUCAGACGUUGAUCGAUCAUAUCAACGGACGAACCAUCGCUCCAGACGUUUUGAAGCCUUCGCGAAGGGUAGUCCGUAAAGUUUUGCGGAGGUCGAACCCAUUCGAGCCGAGUUCGCCAAGUGGGAGGGAUCACGAGUCAUAGAAUCUAUGAUGGAUGCUGACACCGAUGUGCCUAUCAGACCACCAUGGGACCUCUGUGAGAGGACUACCCAGUAUUUAUUUUCCUGAGCUGUAGGAUGAACUCAAUCAAUCGUUUAGCCUCGUGGAUCAGCUGGUGAGAAGGCAAAGGAUUUGGCUGCCUAGUUUUCGUGAUAAAUUUCAAUGAUUCAAGAGGGAUCUGGGAUCUAAUAAGGUCUUAAUUGGAACUCUCGCUUUAGUUCUAUCAAUGUCGUGUACCAGAUGAGAUUCGGAAUCUUUCUCGUACGUACCCGCGAGAAGGCAAAAACCCACCACAUGGUGGGACUCACGCUUGUCUUCUCAUUGUUUUUG